UGGUGUAAGCAUUCCGCUCACAGCAAAGACUGUACGGCAGUGCCCUGUUUCACUCUUCUGAGAUGGAUGAGUCGAAGGUGCGGGAUGCGCAAAAUCCCGCGGAGAAGAUGCCUGAACAAGAUAAGGAAAGUGCAUCUACUUCGUUCGAGACCCAUUCCCCAUCAGCAAUUUCGAGCGGUUGGGAUGAAUCAAGUCGCGGGCAGGGGAAACUGCGCGGUCUGCCAUCGUUGAAUCGUGGCUACCGCACCCCCGAUCCAUCUCCAAGCCAUCUUCCAAAGUGUGGAGCACUAGAACUCAUGAUUGGCGCUGAGGACGGCCUUUCUGACGCUCCAGGGUCGCCACGGAACUAUGGCACACCGCGACGUCGAAUUGAGACCGAGCCCUGGAAUAUGGAAGAAGAACGAGAAGUGCCUGCGUCUCCUGGCCUGUCACGAAUCCGUACCCCAUCACCGCUUUUGGAUAGAUCCUGUGUGGCUUCUGUGCCGCCACCGCCAGCGUUACUUUGUGCACCCGGAUAUAGCGUGCGGGAUGCGCAAAAUCCCGCGGAGAAGAUGCCUGAACAAGAUAAGGAAAGUGCAUCUACUUCGUUCGAGACCCAUUCCCCAUCAGCAAUUUCGAGCGGUUGGGAUGAAUCAAGUCGCGGGCAGGGGAAACUUGUAUUUGCACCACCGCAGCGCGGUCUGCCAUCGUUGAAUCGUGGCUACCGCACCCCCGAUCCAUCUCCAAGCCAUCUUCCAAAGUGUGGAGCACUAGAACUCAUGAUUGGCGCUGAGGACGGCCUUUCUGACGCUCCAGGGUCGCCACGGAACUAUGGCACACCGCGACGUCGAAUCGAGACCGGGCCCUGGAAUAUGGAAGAAGAACGAGAAGUGCCUGCGUCUCCUGGCCUGUCACGAAUCCGUACCCCAUCACCGCUUUUGGAUAGAUCCUGUGUGGCUUCUGUGCCGCCACCGCCAGCGUUACUUUGUGCACCCGGAUAUAGCGUUGGAGCCAUGUGGCCCGUGUUGACCGUGAACACCUGCCCCUGGUCAGGUGUGGAAUGGGUGGCGGCGAUCCCCCCCGAACUGGCACCUUCAAGAGGCUCCAUUGGACAUCCCUACAGUUGUAAUGCGGCUUGCAAAUAUAGCGGGAAAGAGCGUGGAUGCAAGGACGGCAGGAAUUGUGAUCAUUGCCACCUCUGCCAAUGGAGACGGACGCCUGUUCCCAAGCAAAGUUACCAGGAGCAGAUUCCCAAGCAAGGCUUCCCAGGAAGAGGGCCCUUUGCCAAGUACUGGUAUGCAUGUGGCACCAGGACGAAGUCACAAACUGCCAAGUUGUAUGGCGAAGUCUUCACAACGAACAAAUUAUAAACGAGAAGGCUCUCGGCCUGAACGUGCCGCAGUGGCCACGCUGAAUGAGAUACCUCGCAGAAACCGGCGCUGACUGAUGGGUCUGGCGCGUGCAUGUUGCUUCUUUGAAGCGCUGGUCCCUACUCUGAGAGCAAUUUUGUUUUGAAGCGCUACUCCAGGCACAGCUUUCCUGAGCGCUGGGGCAAGUUACUUAGUGAUGUUGG